UUUUGGGUGUGUGGAGAAUGUAGAAAAAGAGUGGAAGAGGUCGAUUCAGUGUUAGUCUCAUGAGAGAAUUAAUCUCGAGUUUCGUGAGAGUCAGUAUUUUUGUAGGUCCAAAAAGUGCCGUGGAUCCAUCAUCUCUUCGAAUCAGUCGCUCGUCCGUGUGUGUUUUCCUAUUCGCAAAAACCAAACGCUCCUGUGGUCAGUAAGCAGGUCCUGCAACUCAUAUAUUGUAGUUCUCCGUGUUCGUUUGGUAGUUCGAGUUUUCCCAUUUAUUCGCCCGGAAAAAUCGUUUUGCUUUUCAUUCAGUAACACCCCUAGUUCAAUGAAAGAGUUUAGUGUCUAGUUCCUUCCUGUUUUUGAGUGACGAUUUUCGUGAGCUUUAAUCAACUGCAAAAUCAAAAAUAGAAAGCGCCUUUAUGAUAGUUUUUCAUCCCUCGCCAGUGUGUGUCGAUCAUGAAAUGAAGUAGGUGCACCUUUUGCGAGCACAUCAUCUCGUAAUGGGCUGUCUGUGUUGUUGCUGCAAGGGUAAGAUUCCCAACAGCUGGGAGGAGCAAAUCGAGGUCAAGCGCCCCCUGGUACCUCUUCCGGACGACGCAAAGAAGGCCAUUUUGCGCGUACGUUUUCCAGAUGCCGUCGAAAUCUUCCGGAUCGUGGACGCAGGAACCAGUGCCCCUCCAGGAGAUGGUGGAACAACGUCAGUGGACAUGGAUUUGACGCCUGCCACCGAUGCGGACAAGCAGGCCGCGGCCGGAGGCGGUGCGAAAGGAGAACAGUAUCAGCUGCAAAAGACCAGCAUGUUGCAGUCGAAACUGAUCACUAUGGGGAUCUCCGGUUCUUCGGAGAAUUCACCUAAUAGUUCUUCUCAUCUCGAGGGGCAAACCUUCGUACCCGGCAUCGGCGACGUUGCCGGCAGCGAGCUACCAGCAGCGCUGAUUGCCAGCCUCGGGCUGAUGCCGAAGCCACCGCAGCUUCGGGACCACCAGCACGUCGUUGCGAACUCGUCGCUUUCCCUAUUCCUGACUACCGCCGACAAGCAGCACGGCUGGACGGUGGCCUCGAUGAGCAGUGCAAGCAGCACGGCUGUGGUGCUCGACGACGCAAAUCUCGCCACCGACCUGCGCCGCAAAAAAGUGUUGGACCCGAAAGGAGAAAAAUUCAAAAUUCGCCGAAUACUCUACCGCGAAGAAACGUACGUUCUCAACAACCAAUUCGCAGGUGAAACGUACGCAAUAUAAUUAAUGACGCGCGUAUCAAUUCUCAAAGAACUGCUGAUAAAGCUAGACUGAAUGAACAAAAGAGCCCUCUGAAGCGCCUUGCUGCUGCCAAGGGCGACUGCUCAGGGUUGUUAUUGAUGGAUUGCGAACGAACAAUUUCAAUUCGAUUCCCACCGCCACCCUC